AUUACAAAUGUCAAUAAUGCUGAAAACAAGAGAAAUGCCCAAAAUAUCUUCGUUAUUGGCAGUAGCAUUAAUUGCUCUGACCAUAUGCAACGGCUCUGCGCAACAACCGCAACCAGCACCGCCGACGGGAACCCCAACCCCGGCGGCGCUACCUCGGCCCGCCCAAGAGUUCCUGGACGCCCACAACCGAGCAAGAACGGAAGUCGGAGUGGGGCCACUGGCAUGGAGCCAGACGCUUGCCAAUGCCACCAGCCUGGCGGUGCGCGUGCAGAGAGACAAACAGAACUGCAGCUUCGCCGACUUGAGCGGCAGCAAGUACGGCGGCAACCAGCUGUGGGCGGGAGGGAUGGCGGUGACGCCGCGGACGGCGGUGGAGCACUGGGUGGGGGAGAAGAACUUCUACAGCUACGCCAACAAUUCUUGCAUCUCCGACCACAAAUGCGGCGUGUACACUCAGGUGGUUUGGAAGGAGUCGGUGGAAUUGGGCUGCGCUCAGGCGACCUGCGCCAAAGGGCAGACCACCUUAACCAUAUGUUUCUACAACCCUCCGGGUAACAUUGUCGGAGAAAGACCGUACUGAUGAUAGAUGACGUGUCUCUUUCUCCUUCCAUCUUUGUCAAGAAUCAUUCAAUCAUUCAAGCUUCCUCAUUUCUAGCCUUGAAAAAUAAGAGUUGGGUUUGUAUGCAAGUCAUACAGAGUAUAAUGGUAUGGUUGAAAACUUUGGGUUCCAUUCUUAAUAUAUUACACCUUCCAUU